GUACAGAAGUUUCCAAAAAUACAUGAUGCAGACGAAAGGAAUCAACUCUCUCAACCAUAGUUGCCUUUGCCACGCCUCCUAUCAAAUCUAUUUUAUUCUUCAAUAUUCUGUCAGUAUUGUACUCUACAGAUCUCCUCUCCUCGCGUCAUCACCAUCAACAGAAGUUUUAAAACACUCUCAGUAUUACUGCAAAUGACUUACUGGCCCUUUUUCUAUUCUUUUUUCCUCUGCAUUUAGUUGCUGGUCUGGACCCGCCGAAACCCAAGCAAUUUCUUCGUGGUCGUGGGUGUCGAAGAAAAUUUCAAUUUGAAAUUUAGAUUUUAUAUGUUUUGCUGGUCUCCAUAUGGGUUUGUCAAAAUUCUAGUUUUGGGGUUCCAUACUUCGUUCCUUUCUUAUUUAUUUUUAUGUUAGUGGUCGCAUUUUUUCAGUUGGGUUUUUGUGAGAUUUUUAAUUUCUUUUAAGAGUUUUAGAAGCGAGCAACAUACUUUUACAGUUUUUUUUUUUUUUUGCAAAAAAAAAGAAAAAAAUCGUAUUCAGCUGUUGGAAUUAUACUGACGACGAAGUUUCUUGCUUAUUUCCUAAAGUUUUGCAAAGAAUUAAGUGAGUAUAUAGUUUGUGUGGGGGAUAAUGUCUGGUGGGACUCCAGUUGGUGGUGGAUAUAUGAGGCAAAGGCAUAGUCAGGGUUAUGCGUCGAGUGGUGAUGACCUUGAAGAUGAUGCGUGCUCAAGGCCAAAUCCUUUCUCCCCUCCAACUAGUCGACCCAGGACUUGGGUUGAGAUUUUGGAGAAUGUGCUUUGGAUUGCUUCUGCUCUUUUCAUUAUUUACUAUGGUGAUCGACAUUCCAAUUUUAUCUAUAUCUUAUGGCACGAUGACAGAAUUAGGAGAUUGCCUUUGUACCUUGGGCUGUUGUGUUUUGGAUUGAAUGUUGCCUUCUUCUUUUAUUCAAGUAUGUUAGUAUGGAGGGUGAGGAGAUUUGAUGAAAAAUGGGAACUAUUCAGUAUGUUCGCUUUGCCAUAUGUUACUCUUCUUGGCCUUGUCUCCUUUUGCCUGCUCUCUUAUGCAUUGUGGCCAAUUUGGAGUUUCUUGACCCUCCCCCUCUUAUUCACUUUGUUUAUGGCCUACAUGGUUAUAUUCCCCCAUUCUAUAAUUGGAACAUUCAGACCACAAAAUGAUAUUUUCCGCAUAGAUUAGAGUGUUUGAGUUUGAGACGAUGUAAGAAAUGAUACUGACUUAGAUGAAGAGAUGUUAUCAUAAACGUGGAUGGUUGCCAUACCCUAUCAGUGCUGAUGACAACAAGGAUGAUUUGAGUAGGCGUGACCUCAAAAUUUUAUCAUUGUAGGUCAAUCUCCGUUCUUUGCUUUUGUAGUUGUAGUUCUAACGGGGAUUCUUUUGAUAAUAGAAAUAUUGAGAUUUUUAGAUGACAUUCUUUGGUAUGUGGUUUACACUUAGUCAUACAAUAUUUUCUUUGUUAGACUGAAGAAGGUGUGGUUUCAUAUAUAGAUUUGCACUUGACCUCA